UUAAUCUUCUUGCCCGUAGGACGUAACGUCCGUGCGUAUUAUACACCCGUUGAAUAUGUAAUCAAAGAUUGUAGUGGACCUUUGGAAUUGACAUAAUCGGAAAUUCUAAUUGAAUACGUAUCAAGUAUUCAGAGCCGGAGCCGUUGCUUCAUUCAACUUGGGUCGAAACAAUUGCUAGGAGUAAUCGAGAAGUACACAUUACAUUCUGCCAAAGUUGACAAUCUACGAAAAAAUGAUUACUAAUACGGGGAAACUCGCUGGGCGUACGAUUUUUAUCACGGGAGCAUCGCGAGGCAUUGGAAAACAAAUUGCUCUGAAGGCAGCUCGAGAUGGUGCCAAUAUUGUUGUUGCUGCAAAAACUGCUGAUCCUCAUCCAAAAUUACCUGGAACCAUUUAUAGUGCUGCCAAAGAAAUCGAAGCUGCAGGUGGCAAAGCAUUGCCGUGUGUAGUAGACGUCAGGGAUGAAACACAGGUCAUUUCGGCAGUAGAGAAUGCAGUAAAAAAAUUUGGUGGGAUAGACGCUCUCAUUAAUAAUGCCAGUGCUAUUUCUCUGACGAGGACUUUGGACACAGAUAUGAAGCGAUAUGAUUUAAUGCACAACAUCAAUACAAGAGGAACAUUUCUCGUAUCUAAAAUAUGUCUUCCAUAUUUAUUGAAGAGCCCAAAUCCACAUAUUGUUAAUAUAAGCCCUCCACUUAACUUGGCGCCUCAUUGGUUUGCUCCUCAUGUUGCUUACACCAUGGCCAAGUACGGUAUGUCGAUGUGCGUUCUUGGUAUGGCGGAGGAAUUCAAAGAAAAUGGAGUUGCAGUAAAUGCAGUAUGGCCUAAGACAGCUAUACAUACUGCAGCUAUUGAAAUGCUGACUGGCCCGGAUUCUAGUAAUCACAGUCGAAAACCAGAAAUUGUUGCCGACACUGUCUACAGUCUACUCUGCAGAGAUUCACGGUCUGUAACAGGACAAUUCUUUGUAGAUGAAGAUUAUCUUAGAAAUGAAGGUGUCACAGACUUCACACAAUAUGCGUGUAACCCAGAAUACAAGGACAAGCUGAUGCCAGAUUUCUUCUUAGACAUUGAUCCAGUCACAAUCUUAGGAACUUUUGCAAAAGGAGGCGCAACCAAAGCACUGAAUGACCAAGCUGCCAGUAAAGAUACCAAGGUGACUGACUCAGGCGGCGAUAAAGUGCAGGAGAUAUUUACAGUUAUACAAGCUAACCUUAGCAGUGAGCUAGUAAACAAGACUGGAGCAAUUUUUCAAUUUAACGUCAAAGGAGACGAAGCUAGCACAUGGUUCAUAGAUCUGAAAAAUGGUAAAGGCACAGCUGGCAAAGGUGAGCCUGGGCAACCAGCUGACGCUACAUUAACUAUGGACUCGAAAAACUUUUUUGCAAUGUUUGGUGGUAAACUGAAACCUGCAACAGCUUUUAUGACCGGCAAGCUGAAGAUUACUGGUAGUCUUCAGAAAGCAAUGAAAUUGGAAACUUUGAUGAAUAGAUUAAAAUCAAAGCUUUGAACGGAAAGAAAAUGUUAAUUGAUUUUCAUCAUUAUAGAAGAGGUGAACUGCCUAAAUUUUUUUUCACCAAAUGAUCACCUGUAAUUUGUGCGCGUGAUCUCACAAUUUAUUUCCAAAUAAAGUCAAGUAAUGAGAGGAUAAAUCAUGAUUCAUACAAAUAAAAAUGAAUUCGAAAAGUAAAAAAUAAUAAAAUAAUAAAAAAAUUCGAAAGUAAAGAAUAUAAUCUAUAAUUAGAUAAAGAAAGUGAAACGAAAACGUUUUUAUAUAAACAAAUAAGCAAGGAUUUAAUUAAAAAUAUUUUAAAUCAUAUCCUAUAGAAAUAUGUAUACAUGAUAUAUUUUUUUACACAUCAACUGGAGUCAAUUUAUAUAUUUACAAUCAAUAAAGCAUUAUGUUGUGUUUGUUAUUUA